GUGAGUUCAGAUCAGCGCGAAUUUUCUCCAGUCUCAACUUCUUCUCUGAGGCUCUUUUACAGUAGUUCAGAGGCAGAGCAGAGGCCAGCAGGUUGAAGCCAGAGCGCUCCGGAGCAGAGACGGAGCUGCUGCCGCUCAUCUGAAGGUACUUCCGGCUGACCGCUCCGCUCUGCAGGCUUCAUAUGAACUUGACAAAAAAAAUGGCGGAUCUGAUGGACGGUGAUCUGGAAGACGGAGAGAUUUCCGGCUCCGGCUCGGACACCGAGAUGAGAAGCGCCGCAGCUCGACCCCAGCUAUCAGCAUCAUUCAGCGGCCAGUCCUUCCAGAGCAGAGCCCAGCCUCCAGCCUACCGCAGCUCCGGCAGGACGGCGGAGUCCAGUGACAGUGAUGCGGACUCGUCAGACGAGGAGGCGGCGGUUUGGCGCCGCAAACGCCAGAAAGUGUCCAACGCUCCUCCGUGCCCCGUCCGGCCGAGGCCGAACCCCGCGCCCGCCCAUGGAGCGCUGGGAGGCCGCAAGGUGAACAACAUUUGGGGCUCUGUGGUCCAGGAGCAGUGCCAGGAUGCUGUGACUUCAGAGCUCAGUAUAUUCGGCAUGGAGGGUGUUAGCAUGUCCAGCAGAAAUGUAGAGACUUAUAAUUUUGUCCUGGCCCGUAAGAUCAUGGAGAAGGAGCGGGAGAGCCAGCCAAAGAACGAAGGAGAGGUGAGCAUGCUGGAUGCAGAGCUGGAGGAGUACAUGAAGGGCCGGGGGUCAGAGGACGGGCCAGGGGGCGACGCCAAGAGGAAGAGGCCAGCUAAAGACAGACUGGGCCCCAGAGCUGAGAUGGAUGUCAAGGGCCGGUAUGAGAUCACUGAGGAUGACCCUGAUGAUAAGGUGACAGAUGAGAUCGCACACAGGCUGCAGGAGCCCAAAAAAGAUCUGAUAGAACGUGUUGUUCAAGUCGUUGGAAAGAAAAAAGCCAUAGAACUGCUCGGAGAGACCGCCACGCUGGAGGAGAGCGGUGGUGUUUACACCAUGGAUGGCAGCAGGCGGCGGACCCCAGGUGGGGUGUAUCUCAACCUGCUGAAGAACACGCCCAGCAUCACCAAGGCCCAGAUCAGGAAGAUAUUCUUAGAGGAACAGCAGAAGGACCAAAAGAGCAAAAAGGCUGCCCAGAAGAGGAGGAGGCACAUGGUGGCCAAGAAGAUGAAGCAGGCCAUCGGCACGUUAAACCUGCAGGAGCACGAUGAUGUCUCCAGGGAGACUUUUGCUAGUGAUACCAAUGAGGCCUUGGAGUCACUGGAGGAGGCUGCAGAGGAAGAGGAGGGUGAGGAGGAAGCUGCUGUGGGCACUGAGGACACGGUGGUCUACAACUCAGCGGACCUGGAGGUCUUCUGAGGGCGGCCUGCUGUCUGAACAAGGAUCAUCUGGACUAACGUGAAUGAAACACUGAGAGCACUGUAGUCACACUGUGGUGUCUUUUUUUUUUUUUUUUUACUUUAGCAAUAAAGGCUGUGCUGAUGUUAACAGAAAUAUUGUACUUGUUCUGUACAGCUUGGGUUUGUUGAUUUUAGCAUUUCUGAUUGAAAUGGUGUUUGCCUUUUAAAUCAAAUUCUGAUCAAACAAAAACUGUCAUCUGGCUUUCAAAUACAGUAACCUUCUUUGUUCUAACUUUCAUUGUGAGAUAACAAGGUUUUCGUUCUCUAAAUUCAUCUCUGUGACUGUAUCUGAAAAAUAAAUAAAGGUGACUCAGGUAAAAUUA